CCUGCAUCUCUUAGAGUACAAAAAUCUAUACACAAAGAAACUAUGGUGUUCUCUUUUGCUCGCUUCUUUUUUAUAAUCUUGCUAGCCUUUUUAGUUCGACCUUCUUUCCAACAUCUACUGUGUCGUAGGGAAGAUCGCCUUGCUUUGCUACAAUUCAAGGAAAGCUUUGUCAUUUACAAGCUUGCUUCUUCUUAUGAUCCCUUUGCUUAUCCUAAAGUCAAUCUCUGGAAAUCUCAAGGGAUGGAUUGCUGCUCUUGGGAAGGCGUAUGGUGUGACCAAGAUACUGGUCAUGUUAUAGGCCUUGAUCUCAGUAGUAGUUGCCUUUUAGGUUCCAUUAACUCCAAUAGUAGCCUCUUCCAACUCACUCACCUCCAACACCUUAAUCUCGCCUUCAAUGACUUCAAUUAUUCUAUGAUUCCAUCUGCUUUGGCAAAUCUUACAAAUUUAACUUAUCUCAAUCUCUCUAAUUCCUUCUUUUCUGGACAAAUAUCAUCUGAACUUUCAAAACUUGCUGGUUUAUCCACCCUUGACUUGUCUUCCAGUUAUGACCCUCAAUACGAAGGAUUGUUGGAAUUGGAAAGGCCAAACCUGAGAAGUCUAAUAGAAAAUUUGAAAAGCUUGGAAUACCUUCAUCUUUCUUCUGUUAAAAUAAAUUCUAGAAUUCCCAAUAUCUUGGCAAAUAUGUCCUCGUUGAAGUCCAUUUUUCUUGGUCAUUGUGGCUUAUUCGGAGAGUUCCCAAGUGCAAUUUUCCAGCUACCAAAACUUCAAGCCCUUAUUGUGCAUUACAACCCAGGUCUUAUAGGUAAUUUGCCUGAGUUUCACUUUCAUAGCCAGCUUACAGACCUUCGAGUUUCCUUCACAAGUUUUUCUGGUAAGCUACCAGCCUCAAUUGGAAUGCUUGGCUCUUUGGAGCAUUUGGAUGCAAGUGAUUGCAAGUUCUUCGGUUUAUUACCAUCUUCACUGGGUAAUAUUACCAAGCUCCACUUCUUGUCCCUUAAAAAUAACUUUUUCCAGGGUAAAGAUGUUCCUUUCUUAUCGAACCUAACACAAUUGACUUCCAUAUAUCUUGGUUUGAAUCAGUUCACAUUUCCUGAGAUCCCUUCUUUUUUUGCUAGGUUUACUCAUCUCCAAUGUCUAGGCCUUGCUUUCAACCAAAUAUCUGGUCAUUUUCCAUCUUGGAUUACGAACAUGAGUCAGUUAACAUUUUUGAAUGUCGCGUCUAACAUGUUACAAGGAUCUCUUCCAAGCUCCAUUUCCAAGCUCAAGAACAUUGAGACCUUAGGAUUUGAGGGGAAUAACUUCACUGGUACAGUGGAGAUCAACCCAUUUCUUGACCUCAAAUACUUGAGACAUUUGACCUUUUCCUUAAACAAAUUAUCAUUGCUAAUCAAAACUAGGAACAGCACCAACACCACUCUUGCAAAGUUGGAACAACUAGGACUUGGUUCCUGUAAUCUAAAAGAGUUUCCCAACUUCUUGCAAGACCAGGACCAACUACAAUUCCUUAGCCUUUCGUUCAAUGACAUCCAUGGCCAGAUACCCAAAUGGAUAUGGAAACUAAAUAACAACUUUGAAGGUCCAAUUCCUACAACAUGGGCAGUUGAAAACGAUCUAAGGGUUAUUAAACUCAGCCAGAAUAAUUUGCAAGGGAAGCUACCAAGAUUGCUAACUAAUUGCAAGAUGCUAGAGUUUCUUGAUCUUGGUGACAAUCAUAUCAAAGACACCUUCCCUUUUUGGUUAGGAACUCUUCCAAAAUUGAAGAUUCUCAUUUUACAUUCCAAUGGACUCUAUGGGUCAAUCAAUGUUCUAGAGUCGAAUUCCCUGUUUCCUAGUCUUCAGGUAGUUGACCUUUCUCAUAAUGAAUUUUCUGGUCUUCUCCCAACAGAAUACUUCAAGAGGUGGAAUGCCAUGGUAGACCCUGAUAAGGAGAACAAAGCAUAUUGGUAUACAUAUGACAAUCUUUCGGUGAAUGGCGUCUAUUUGCCUUUGCAGUAUCCUUACUCAAUGACAAUAACAAACAAAGGCUUGAGAUUGGAAUAUGCAAAGGUACUAGAGGUUUUCUCAGGAGUUGAUCUUUCUUGCAACAAAUUCAAGGGAGAGAUUCCACAAAUAGUAGGGAGGUUAAAGGGACUUCAACUGCUUAAUCUUUCCAACAACAUCCUUGUUGGUCCAAUCCCACCAACCUUGGGAAAUCUCACAAAUCUUGAAGCUCUGGACCUUUCUCAAAACAAGCUCAUAGGAAGCAUUCCUACACAGCUGACGCAGCUCAAUUUCCUUGAAGUCUUCAAUGUGUCUCACAACCAUUUGACAGGACGUAUCCCGAAGGGCCAGCAAUUUGACACAUUUGAAAACACCUCAUUUGAUGGGAAUUCAGGGCUAUGUGGAUUCCCACUUUCAAGAAAAUGUAACGACUUGAAGGCCUUGCCUUCACCAUCUUCAACCCCUAAAGGAAAUGAAGACUCUGGAUUGCUAACUAAAUUUGGUUGGAAAGUAGUGGUGUUGGGUUAUGGAUGUGGAUUCCUUGUUGGUGUGGUGAUUGGAAACAUUGUUUUUGCAAAAACACAUGAAUGGUUGAUGAGGACUUACAGAAUCAGGCUAUCAAGAGGAGUGAUGAAGGUUGCAGGAAGCAGUUUUGGUGGAAGUAGCAGUAUGUUAGUGCCAUCAAGCUGCACAAGUUCAAUUUAGUUAAAUUGAAACUAGCCUAGUCUUUUGUGUACUUUUAAGUUAUAUUUCAAGUGGAACAAAGGGAACCGAAAAGGGACUUUUGAAGAAAAAAAGUUAAUGGAA